AUGGUAUUGCAAGGGGACAGUGUCAUAAAUCUUAAGGGGCUUAGAAGUAAGAAGAAAAAGAUGGUUGACAAUAGUAAUCGGAGGCCAUGGUCGGAGCUCCCUGACGCUUUGCGUUACAUGAUCACCAAGUUGCUAGGUACUAUAGACUAUCUCAUGUUUGGCUGUGUCUGCAGAGCAUGGAGAUUGUAUGCUGUGGCAAACAGGCAAGAGUUUAUGGCAUCCCAACCUCCACUUGUUAUGUUUAUGCCAAAUCGUUCUAAGAGAGCUUGUUACUUCUAUAACAUCUUUGAUGGAAGGAAGUAUAAGGCAAAACUCCCCAACCUUGUUGGCAAAAUCUGUUAUAGGAUCUCAUAUGGACAUGAACUCCGUGUCCUUAACCCUCCCCUAGAGCAUAAUCGUGUCAUCCUUGCUUCUUUAGAGACACCUUUGUCAAAGUUUGUAAUCACAGCCUUUCGCAGAUAUGACUCAUAUCUACAGUUUUGUAGAUCCACAUAUGCCGAUUGGUCUCAUUGUGAUUGCAAUGAUCACUGGAUAUUUGUUGAUUUAACCGUGUACAAGCGAAAAUUGUAUGCAAUAACAACUGGUGCUGGAAUAGGAGUGGUAAAUCUAAACUCUUGUCCUUAUGUGACCCCAUUGGAAGUUAAAUCCAUUCCAAAUUUGAAAGGUGGACUGUGGUUACGGGGUCCUGAUGAGCAGCUCCUGUUGAUUAAUGCAAUUGGAAAUAAUCAUGAAGUUUAUGAGCUAAAUUUUUUGAAGAUGGAAUGGGUGAAAAUGCAAAACUUGGGAGAUCAAGCAUUGUUUCUGGAUUAUUAUGAGGGCGGCUUAGGGUUUAGCAACAAAACCAGAUGGAAAGAUAGUGAAAGACCUUCUAAUGGCAGAUACUAUUUUGAUCGUGAUAACACGACAUUUGGUUCCACUUCAUGGAUGUCAACCUGUGCAGAUUGUACCAUCUCUUUUGUGAUAAGAGAAAUCCAACAAUGGGAACCAAAUUACACAUUUGCAGAGUGCAUUGAAGACAAUGCAGAGCACAGUGAAGAUCAAACAGAUGUACAGAAUGCAGAAUGUAGUGCUCAGGAUACAGGGUGA